AAAAGAAAGCAAAAAGGUUUGACUCACUGUGUGUUUCACAAUCACCAUGUGUGUUUAUCAUACAAUGGUAGUGCUUGAUAAUGCGUAUGAAAUUCUGUUAACAGCGAAAAUAUGGUGGAAGACUAUAGAAAACAAAGUCAACACCAGUCAAAAAGUGGAUGCAGAUCUCUUCGUUCAUGUGUCACAUUCACGGUUUUCCUGGUCCUGUUCCUGUGCUACUACAUCGUCCCCAAUGAAUUCUCAGCAUCUUGGGCUUUAACAGUUGGAUUAUUUCUUCCAGAGAAAUAUACAAGUCAAGCAAUCAACUUUUCACUGAAAAGAGUGUCGGCAAUAUCUGCAGAAUCAUGGAAGACCCUAAAACCAUAUUAUGUGGCUUACCCAUACAAGUAUAAUUUUGUUUUGAAUGUACCAGAGAAGUGCCAGGAGGAAAAUCCAUUUAUUUUAUUAAUUGUACCAGUAGCUCCAGGCAAUACAGCUGCUCGGGACGCCAUUCGUUCAACUUGGGGAUCACAGAGGUUAGUUGGGGACAAGACUGUGAGCACAUUAUUUAUGUUGGGUCUACCCACUUCAGAAGAAAGAGAAACGAUCCAAAAAGAUUUGCUACAGGAAAGUGCAAAGUAUCGUGACCUUAUACAAAGUGAUUUCUGGGACAGUUACAAAAAUCUCACAAUUAAGACCAUGGUAAUGCUAGAAUGGUUGACUGGUUACUGUCAGUAUGCCUCCUACGCAAUGAAAGUUGAUUCAGAUGUGUUUCUCAAUGUGGAAAACUUAGUGAAUAUGCUUCUUUCUGCACCAAAGCAUAACUAUAUGUCUGGACUUGUGUCUAGGAAAUCAAUAGUAGUGAGAGAUCCCCAAUCUAAAUGGUAUAUUCCAAAAGAUGUUUACGACCAACCUUUAUAUCCACCCUACGCUCUGGGUUUGGGAUAUGUUUUCUCUUUAGACUUGCCAGUGAAACUUGUUAAAGCAGCACAACUUAUCAAAGCGGUUUACCUAGAGGAUGUAUUUCUAGGUCUGUGUAUGACACAUUUAGGGAUUGCUCUAACUGAUCCACCUGAUGGAAACUUGUUCAGUGUCUUUCCUGUAGAAUACAACCGCUGCCGCUAUUCAAAACUCAUUGCUACAACAACACAAAGCUUGAGAGACCAAGUGGAGUUUUGGAAGGAUUUACAGAGACCUGGUCCAUAUUGUUAAACACAAACAGGUCACAUGACUUAUUUGUUUUUGUGCUGUUACAUACAUGUACAGAUUGUUUUUUAUAAUAACUACUAUUGAAUGGUAGUAUCAGAACAAAUGGCAGUUUUAGUAAAAUAAAAUAUUUUGGCAUAUACACCUUUGGUAACACUUUGUAUUUUGGUGUCCUGGUUACAAAUGUUGCAUGUACUUGCCAUAUUAAUAACAAUAAAUUAUGCAUAGCCACAUAAAACUAACCCUUAACCAAACCCUCAUUCAAACACUAACAAGUGUACUAAGUACAUGUAGUUAAUUAAUCAGUAGUUAAAUGUAUAAUGUAUACCUGUAACAAAGAAAUUGUAAAAUAAAGUGUAACCACAAUUAUAAUGGCUCAUGAUUUCCGUCACUUUUUUAAUUUAUUUUUUAGAAUGAAGGGCCAGGUCUUCUGUUCAGCUUUUCAAAGAAAAAUAAUAAUAAUAAUAAUAAUAAUAAUAAUAAUAAUAAUAAAUGAUAUACUCUAUGCAAAGAAGAGGCCAUAGCUUAGGCUAAGACAUCUGUUAAACAAAAUGUAUUGCUGUGGUUUUUUAAAGAAAGUGAUGGCAUUUAUAAAGCUUUAAAUGGCUACUGUUACACCACUGGACUCAUUGUGUUGUGUUUUUCCUCCCCAUGUGUGCCGUGUAUCCUUUUAUUUAGUCAAUACUUGCACCUCUGUUUUCCCAAUCAUCCUUUGUUUAUUAGCCAUAGUCCAUUCAGUUUAUGUUUGUUGGAGAUUAUAUGUCUACCCGUGUGUGUCCUGUGCUCCUGUUAGCCCUGUCUAUUCCCUUGAAGGUUAGAUUAAAGUAUUAUUUUUGGGGGGCAUCCAUGGUUUCCAUUGCUAUUAUUAUAUUCAUUGUGAGACUGAAUCUCUGACCAAAACAGUUACCUCCAUUUGUCUAACCUCCGUUUUGUUUCCAUUUUUCUCUCGGUGCUUUGUUUCCAUUGUUCAAUGGAUCCCUCCUUUUCCCCCUGAA